CUGACAGCGGUUGUCGCUGAGCCGCUCAUUGUUGUGUGACUUAGGGACCGUCAACCUGUGGCUUGUCAGCUGUUGUUGUACUACAGCUCCCAGCAGCCUCUGACGAACUGUUGUUGGAUAGAAAGAGCAGCGGCUGGGGGUUGCCACAGGUUGAACUGCCUGGAUACAAACAUUAUCAGCCACCAUGAAGCUUUACAGUCUCAGUGUUCUUUAUAAGGGGGAAAACAAGGUCCAUCUGCUGAAAAGUGCCUACGAUGUCUCCUCCUUCAGCUUCUUCCAGAGAUCCAGUGUCCAGGAGUUUAUGACAUUCACCAGCCAGCUGAUUGUGGAACGAUCGGAUAAAGGGAGCCGGUCCUCUGUGAAGGAGCAAGAAUACCUGUGUCAUGUGUAUGUACGAAAUGAUUCCCUAGCUGGGGUGGUGAUCGCUGAUAACGAGUAUCCGCCAAGAGUCUGCUUCACCCUUCUUGAAAAGGUUCUUGAGGAAUUCUCUACUCAAGUAGACAGGAUAGACUGGCCAUCAGGCUCUCCAGCCACCAUUCAGUACAACGCUUUGGAUUCUUACCUCAGCAAGUAUCAGAAUCCUCGAGAUGCCGAUCCAAUGAGUAAAGUUCAGGCUGAGCUGGAUGAGACCAAAAUUGUACUGCACAACACCAUGGAGUCUUUAUUACAACGUGGAGAGAAACUGGAUGAUCUCGUCAGUAAAUCUGAAGUCCUGGGGACACAGUCAAAGGCCUUCUACAAAACUGCGCGGAAGCAGAACUCGUGCUGUGACAUCAUGUGAUGUAAAUAUCGGCCGGCAGAUACAAUGGACACCAGACAAUGAACAAACACUUUAAUAUCGGGCUGAAGCACCAGUCGUGCAGUGUCCUGCCCCCUUUUUCUUUAAGGGGUGACGAAUAUAAACACUGCUGCCCUGGGUCAAUUCCCCUCUCCUCAAGUGCUUACGAGGGACAGUUGUUUUUUUUUUUUUUUUUUAAUGUUGUCUGUGAUGAUGUGUCAGAUUUAUACCACAAGACCCCCUCCCCCAUACUGUCGUACCUCGGUACCCGGAGGAAUGAUCUGACCAGUGUAACCAUUCCUGUCUCUAUGCACAGAGUAAACCUGUUAAUGCUGAGUAUUCCCAUAUCUAACCAGCCUUCCCCCAGGCUCUGGAUCUGAUGCAGGCAGCACCAAAGCUACAAACAAGUCUUCAUUUAUAAUCCUCGCACGACGUCUAAUUAUGUUGCGUAAUGCUCUGCUCUGGGAGAUGUCCUUGCUCUUUGUUUACUGCGCCGCACUAUUAAAAUCCCUCGCUGUGUGUCCAGCUUUAAACUCAUAAUCGUGAGGGUGGGAACAUUUUAUAUAUACGGGGAGGUUCCAGAAUAUAUUAUUCAAUCCCAUAGUUGUCUCCCUGACGGGGAUGUGGUGACUGCUUAAAGGAA